AUGGCCUCUGGCCAUGGGUACCUCAAUCCCGCGGCCUUGAUUGCCCAUCAGUCUCUAGCGGCUAUAAACGACAGUGGAGUGCCUGCCUCACUUAUGCGUAUGCAUUUUCACGAUUGUUUCGUGAGGGGUUGUGAUGCGUCGGUGCUGUUAGACUCGACUGAUGAUAACAAGGCCGAAAAAGAUGCGGCGGCAAAUAUGAAUAGCCUCAGGAGGUUUGACGUCAUAGACGAUAUAAAGGCUGAGCUCGAAAAGUAUUGCCCGGGCAUUGUCUCGUGUGCUGAUAUACUUGCCUUUGCAGCCAGAGAUAGUUUUGAAAUUGCUGGGAACCUUGGUCUUUUGGGUGGUUAUGAUGUGCCAAGCGGGAGGUUAGACGGCACAGUCUCGCUUGAUACAGAGGCACAAAAAAACUUGCCGGCUCCAACAUUUAAUUUGGAUCAACUUACUAAGUCCUUUGCAAGUAAGGGUCUAUCACAAAGAGAUAUGGUCACUCUUUCUGGCGCACACACAAUCGGGCGGUCCCACUGCUCCUCCUUUAACAAGAGGCUCUACGGCUCCAGCAAGAGGCUCUAUGGCUUUAUCAAGAGCAAGAACUCGAAAACAAAACCGGACACGAGUAUGGACUCGGAUUACGCAGACGAGCUGAGGCACAAGUGCCCAAACCCAAACUCUAAUUCCAAACAAAAUAAUCCGUUGGUCCCCAUGGACCCAAAUACCCCCAACUAUUUCGAUAACAGUUACUACAACAACGUCAUUAACAAAAGAGGUCUCUUCACUUCGGACCAGGCCCUGUUGACAAGCCAACGGACCAGUGACCAAGUGAACCAAUACGCAAGCGAUCUUGAAAUGUUUCUCAAAGAUUUUGGGGCUGCCAUGGUGAAGAUGGGGAAUAUUAGACCCGACCCCAAUCACGACGGUGAGGUUCGAAUCAAUUGCAGAGUGGUCAACAUGAGCUGA